AUGAAAGAAUUGCUUGGAAUUACAUUGAAGAGAGAAUGUCCAACACGCUGGAGUGCAAGACAAGAUGCGGUGAAUGCAAUCCACGAACAGUUUGAUGGAUUUUUACAGCUGUUAGAAAACCUGUAUGAAGAUGGUACUCAAACUAGUGAGACUCAGAAUGAUGCAUACAGUUUGCUUCAAAAUGUGAUGAAUUUCAAUUUCAUCACUCUACUUGAUUUCUGGCAUGCAGUUUUGUCAAAAAUUGACCGGAUUCAAAAACGACUGCAAGAUCCAUCAAUGAAUUUCCAUGACGCAGCACUGGAUUUAGAAGGACUGCAGCAACGGCUAAGUAGCAUUCGAGAAGAUGUUUGCAUCACUGCAGUCAAUGCAGCUAAAGUUCAGUGUGAAAAAUUGGGAAUUAGGAUAGAGGGAAGAAUUAAACGUCGAAAACAGAUGCCUGGUGAAAAUGCUGGUGAUGCAGGACUCGCUGCGGUUGAAGAAAUAACUCGCAUUAUGAAAUCAGUUAUUGAUAGACUAAUCCAGGAGAUGACAACACGAUUUGGUCGUCUGAAGACGUUAGAUGAAAAGUUUGGAUUUCUAUUCAACAUCAGCAAAUUGUUUGCUAAUGAUACCUCUAAUGAUAUUCAACAGCACUGUGCUAUGCUGGCUGACUUUUAUAAAACUGAUAUCGAUGGAACUGAACUGUUCGUAGAAAUCAGUGACUGCAGUAUGUUGCUGAAAACCCGGCCAGAUGCUACCAAUGCUACCCCAAGCAGCCCAUUAGAAUUACUUUCAUUUUUUAUUUCAUAUGGCAAUGACAUAUUUCCAAACUUGCGAAUUGCUUUGCAAAUUAUGCUGACAAUCUCUGUGUCAGUUGCUAGCUGUGAGCGUUCUUUUAGUAAACUAAAAAUCAUUUUAACUUAUUUGAGAGCUUCAAUGGGUCAGGAGCGUCUGUCAGACUUGGCAUUGCUAAGCAUAGAAAAGGAGCUGGUCGAAACAAUUAAUUUUGAUGAUGUCAUUGACAACUUUGCUAGUGCAAGAUCACGAAAAGUAGUUCUAUAA